UCGAUGUUCACUGUUUGCUACUAUAAAAGGUGAGAAAAAGUGCUAAAUAUUCUCCGCUGCAUGUCACGACUCAUGGAAUAGAAUUAUUGACCACUGGUAGUCUACUGAUACUACAGUGAGAGAGAAACCCGACCCGUUAGCGAACCAGAUAUAUAGCGCGCGCGCACGAGGAACACAAGUCCCCACAGCUGCCGCGCGCCGAACAUCCAACAGGGCAAACGUGCGCACGCUGACCGAUAGGCAUUAACCCGCCAGCCAUGGAGAUGCCGCCGCCGCCGCCGCCUCCUCCUCAUGGUGGCCCCGACGCUGGUGGGGGUAAGCCCGACCGGAAGACGGUGGAGCGCAACCGCCGGAAUCAGAUGAACGCCCUCUACUCCCGCCUCGACUCGCUCGUCCGCGCCGGCAGCUCGCCGUCGCCGUCGGCAGCGCCAGCGGUGCAGCGCGGGUCGCCGGCGACGACGCGGCCGGACAGGUUGGAGGAGGCGGCGGCGUACAUCAGGCAGACGGCGGAGAGGGUAGAGAGGCUCAAGGAGAGGAAGCGGGAGCUGACGGCGAGGACCUCGUCGCCCCAGGGCUCCGGCUCUGGCUCCUCGUCUGGGGCGGCGGCUGCCGCGGAGGUGGAGGUGCAGCACCUGGGGCACGGCCUGCACGUCAUCCUCGUCACCGGCGCCCCGCCGGGAAACGGGGCGUCGUUCCACCGCGCGGUGCGUGUCGUGGAGGAGGCCGGCGGCGAGGUGCAGAACGCGCACUUCUCGGUGGUCGGCGCCAGGGCCAUCUACACCAUCCACACUAUGGUGGCAGGGGAACAGGGAGGCAUUGAGAGGGUGGUGCAAAGAUUAAAGGGAGCGCUACGUGGAGAUGCAUGAUCAUAUACAAUUUACUUCAUCUUUGGAGUAAUACGAAUGCUUGGUGAAGUAUCAACUAAUUAGGGUUGUUCAAACUUUGUGUGCCUGGCGCAUGCAAAGCUGGAAACUUGAGUGAUAGCGCGAUGGCGAACUUCCAG